AGGUCUAGUAACGUCGAAUAAAAAAAGAUUCAAUCAAAUUUGAGGAUUCGAGAAGAUAAUCGAUCUUUCAACGAGAAUCGAUUCUUCUCGAUGUAUUGAUUGAACAAUACUCAUUCCUCUUCCGCUCUCAGUGCGUGAAAACAUCCGGUUCCCUCCAUAACCAUAACCAUAAAUAUUGAUUUCAGAUUUCGGCCAGUAUUUAUAAGAGAAAUAUUCUUAGUUAGUUAGUCACACCAUGUCGAUCGGAGUUCCUAUCAAAGUGCUUCACGAAGCGGAAGGCCAUAUUAUAACCUGCGAGACAAACACCGGCGAAGUGUAUCGUGGUAAACUAAUAGAAGCGGAGGAUAAUAUGAAUUGUCAGAUGCAGAAUAUCACAGUGACGUAUCGGGACGGCCAGGUGGGACAGCUGGAAAAUGUAUACAUUCGUGGCUCGAAAAUCAGAUUUCUCAUAUUACCGGACAUGCUGAAAAAUGCGCCCAUGUUUAAACGGCCGGGUGGCAAGGGUUCGGGCACCGCCGGUAGAGGAAAAUCCGCUAUAUUGCGUGCUCAAGCUCGUGGCAGAGGAAGGGGACAGAAUCAAAGAGGCAAAGGUACUGGUUCGGCACCAUGGCUUAAUCAACAAAAUCAACCGGGAGGAUCUCAAACUGGUAGAGGCAGAGGAUAAACAUAAUGACCCAUUUUAGGGUCGAAAAUAAAAUUGCAAUUUCAUCCUCAUAUUUUUGUAUUAUUUCUAGAUAAUAUCUCUGAAUACAUCCAAAAUUAUAUAUGUAUGUACAUUUCUGAUAUAUAUGCGAUAGCUCUAAUAAAUUGGUUAUUGUA